UGAUCAUUGGUUAGCUGGACUGUUUAUCAAAUUACAUCCGGGACAAUAUUUCUAGUGAUUGGUGUGAAUGGAAGUGGGACUAAGCAGUCUCUGUACUUCCAUUCGGAACUAUUUCUGUCUAUCUAGUGUUAUAAAGGGAAGGUUUGCGAAGAUCUGUUCGGUGAUUGGCUUAUCUGGGUGGACCCGCCGUAGAGCUGGGCUUUCCGUGUGGCGAUUGGCUCACAAGUAGGCGGGCUUAGUAGCGUCAGAGGCGGUGUCAAGGGAGGCGGCCGCUCUAGAAAUGGCAGAGAGCGAGAGGAGGGGGCUUGGCUGCUGGAGCCCCGCAGAGUGGGGGCAGCGGUUGCUUCUACUGCUGUUCGUGGGCAGCUGUUCGGGGCGUAUUCACCGGCUGGCGCUGACGGGGGAGAGGCGAGCAGACAUCCAGCUCAACAGCUUUGGCUUCUACACCAACGGUUCCCUGGAAGUGGAGUUGAGCGUCUUACGUCUGAACCCCCAGUUGACAGAAGAGAAGUCGCCGUUGGUGGGGUUCAGUCUCAGCCGUGUGCGAUCUGGCAGCGUCCGAUCCUACUCAGCCCAGGAGUCCCACGAAUGCCCACUCCGAAGAAACACUAGCAACUUCCUGGUCUUGUUCCUCAUCAACACCAAGGAUCUGCAGGUCCAGGUGCGGAAAUAUGGGGCACAGGAGAAGCUGUGCAUCUCCCCUGGGCUCCUCUCCAGUGUGCCUGCUAGACCUGGCCUCCCACAGGCGGCGCCCGCGGUCACUCCCGAGAUGGACAGCGGAAACUCCACAGCUGCUAAAGCCAUGGCUAAACCUGCCGGGUCUCAGGGUCCCCUUGAGAAGAACAAGGACCUGGUGUUGGACCUGGGCCAUGUCAAUGACUCCUACAACUUCAGCUUCCACAUGGUGAUUGGCUCCAGGGCUGAGGAGGGCCAGUACAGCCUUAACUUCCACAACUGCCAUAACCUGAAGCCCGACCAAGAACACCCCUUCGACCUCACGGUGAUGAUCCGGGAGAAGAACCCCGAGGGCUUCCUGUCUGCCGAGGAAAUUCCGCUCUUCAAGCUCUACCUGAUCAUGUCUGCCUGCUUCCUGGCCGCUGGCAUCUUCUGGGUGAACGUGCUCUGCAGGAACACGUACAAUGUCUUCAAGAUCCACUGGCUCAUGGCGGCCCUGGCAUUCACCAAGAGCAUCUCGCUCCUCUUCCACAGUAUCAACUACUACUUCAUCAACAGUCAGGGCCACCCCAUCGAGGGCCUUGCUGUCAUGCACUACAUCACGCACCUGCUGAAGGGCGCGCUCCUCUUCAUCACCAUUGCCCUGAUUGGCUCUGGCUGGGCCUUCAUCAAGUACGUCCUCUCCGACAAGGAGAAGAAGAUUUUCGGGAUUGUGAUUCCCCUGCAGGUCCUGGCCAACGUGGCCUACAUCGUCAUGGAGUCCCGAGAAAAGGGUGCCAGCGACUAUGGGCUUUGGAAGGAGAUCCUGUUCCUGGUAGACCUCAUAUGCUGUGGUGCCAUCCUCUUCCCAGUGGUCUGGUCCAUCCGGCAUCUCCAGGACGGAUCUGGCACAGAUGGGAAGGUGACAGUGAACCUGGCCAAGCUGAAGCUGUUCCGACACUACUAUGUCAUGGUCAUCUGCUAUGUCUACUUCACGCGUAUCAUUGCCAUUCUGCUGCGGGUGGCUGUGCCCUUCCAGUGGCAGUGGCUGUACCAGCUCUUAGUGGAGGGCUCCACGCUGGCCUUCUUUGUGCUCACCGGCUACAAGUUCCAGCCUACCAGAGACAACCCGUACCUGCAGCUGCCCCAGGAGGACGAGGAGGACAUCCAGAUAGAGCAAGUGAUGACGGACUCGGGGUUCCGGGAAGGCCUCUCCAAAGUCAACAGAACAGUGAGCGGACAGGAGAAGGUGUGACCACCGCCAUUGCUGGGGCCAGCCAUUUCCAGCCGUCCUCUUCCUACCCAGCCUCCUGCCUCACCCACCAGCUCAGAGCCGGUGUGGGGAGGUGGCAGGGCCAGCUCCAGGCAUCCACCUCCCCAGGAGGAGCCCAGUGAAGACAGAUGCCUCGCCCUGCCCCCCCCCCCAGGCCCCAGACCCUGGGCUGCCCUGUUCUGGCUGCGGGGCCACCCUGCACUUCCCGCUGUACAAUAAUGAUCAGUCUGUUUUUAUUA